AUGCCCCAAAGGUCUGCAUCUUCCGCUGCCACCGCAUCAAAUGGCAGCUCGGUCGCCUACCAUGGCGCAGCGCCGAUGAUGGAUGCGUAUUAUCAGAGCCCCAUGGAGAUGCCUGAGAGACUGCUGUCCGUCGCUGCCGGCACAUCAACAAGGCGAACGACCUCGAGCAGCCGCAGACAGGCACAGCAGGCUCUGGCAACAUGGGACACGCGAUGGCACCAAGCUGGCCAAUCGUCGUGA